CGAUAGAAAAGAUAAAGGUGAGAAGAUUGAGGUUAAUCAAUGUCGCAAGUUACAACAAUUUUUAAUCCUAUUUGUCAUUGAUUUUUCCGAAGCUGAUAACCUUUUCAGUCUUCUUAAAUCCAUACAAAACGAGUUUUACUUUUUUUCAUUUGCUUGACACAAAAAUCCUGGGUGAAUAUGGCAAGAGCUCCUCUGAAAUGUAAGAUAGGACCAUCUAUUUUGAAUGCAGAUUUGUCCAACUUAUACGUAGAAUCACAAAAACUAUUAGAUAGCGGCGCUGAUUAUCUUCAUUUAGAUGUAAUGGACGGUCAUUUUGUGCCCAAUAUGUCUUUGGGUCAUCCUGUUGUUAAGUGUCUUAGGAACAAAAUACGUAAUACUUUCUUCGAAGCUCAUAUGAUGGUUGAUGAGCCUGAAAAAUGGGUAGAACCUAUGGCAGAUGCGGGUAUUAAUCAAUAUACAUUUCACGUGGAAGCAACUAAAGAUGUCUUUCCUUUAUGUAGACGAAUAAAAGAAGCUGGAAUGCAAGUCGGAAUAGCUCUAAAACCAGGUACAGGAAUUGAAGCUGUGAGGCAAUAUAUUGACAGUGCAGAUAUGAUUCUUAUAAUGACAGUAGAACCUGGGUUUGGUGGUCAGAAAUUCAUGGCAGAUAUGAUGCCCAAGGUGCAAUGGUUACGGAACAAUUACCCUUUACUAGAUAUCGAGGUAGAUGGAGGUGUAGGGUUGAACACAAUCACAGCAUGUGCAGAAGCGGGUGCAAAUAUGAUUGUGGCUGGCACAGCAAUAACAGAUGCUUUGGAUCAACGGGCUGUCAUAGCUAGUCUACGGGAAACAGUUGAGAGCUCAAUACAUAAAUGUAAUGUCUAAGAUUGGCUGUUGACAAAUUGUUACUGUUAUACUUUCGGUUCAACCGUCUGACAAAUUGGUGCAUAUUUUUCGAGAAUUUUAUUUACAAUGAAAUAUUAUUGCGAUGUAAACUUCUGUGACAUUCCUUAUGUACUUUUUAUUGUAUGGUAAUAAAAAUGGAAUUUUGCAUUUGUUGGAAA